ACAAAUCCAUAUCACAAAAAAUGGCAUUCUUUAAAUGGUAAGUCAGUGAAUAAUAUGAUUGAUACCCCUUUUGUGAAAUCAAAGGAUUUUCACAGGAUCUUGAUUCCCACUUUUUGUCUUAUGUAUGAACUUCUUUGCAGCUGUCGAAGCAGAAACCUGUUUUGAAAGUUUGGUGGUUGGUCAAGGACAAAUCUUGGAUCCCUUUUGGGUAUGAACUGAGGAUUUGGGGUUUUCUAUAUAUGGAUUUGGUGUGGAAAGGUGAUUGCUUUUUGGGUCAAAUUUAUUUGAUGAAGUGAGGAUUUGGGGUUUUCUAUAAAUGGUUUUGGUGUAGAAAGGUGAUUGCUUUUUUGGGUUUACUGAAUCUUGGAUCAUGGCGGUUCCAUGGAGUACAACACUGUGGAUGGCUAAGAUGGUGUGGAUGGCAUUGAGUGGUUGGGUAGUCUCUUGCUUGACUAUUGCUGAUGAGGUUGCUGCCUCUUUUCGAACUGGUGAUAUUGGUCCUUUUCAUGUUGGUUGAGUUAUAUUGUACAGAAACAUCAUCUUCUCCUUUGUUUGUGAAUUGUUGCUUGCUUCUUACAGAUUUUGUAAAUUUAUGGAUAAAUAUCAUUUACAGU